UGAAUCACGUAGAAAGCAAAAUGGUAAGGGACAUAACUGAUUUAUUCUGCCUACUAGGCAAGCUACCCUUAAUCAUGGGAUCUGAUUACGAUACAAAAAAGCAGAGGAUGAUGUUGGAUCCCUGGGAUAUCUAAGUUGAAUAGAAGGCAAGCAUACUGGCCAAACCAGGUCAAGGACUUGGCUCUUUCAGGCCAGGCCCAUUUUAAGUUGGUUUGCCUCCCAGCCUGCCCCUCUGUAACGGGAGCAACAACCCAUCAGGCCCUCUCUCUCUUUCUCUCUGCAUCUCUCCACGUCUGGAUGGACUAACCCCUUUUCCCCUUUCUAAACCCCACACAACUGCUUAUGGUGGUGGAUUCUUGGCUUCCCUUCUCCAAACCGGAAAUUCAGAAAGGAAAAGACCCUAAAUCGGUACAUCCGGACAAAGGCAUUUCCAUGCUUCUCAAUCUGAAAUCGGGUGCACCUCCACUGCGGCGAAGAAAUGAAGCAACGAAACCAAUUUGAACCAGCAACAAGGAGACCCCGUUUGGAGCCUUCCCCGCCAUCGGAGAUCUGCCUUCUCAUACGCUGAUCGGCCGAGACCCAUGGAGAAACCUGGGAAGCAGCUCUCCCUCCCAGAGUGGGAAUCCCUAAUUGAGGAUUUCCAAUCAGGAGGUCCAACGCAGACCAAGUGGCUCACGCUCUACCCGAGCCCUUCUCUCCUGGAGCUCGCCCUCAACACCAUCCUCAGGAAGGAAUUCCCCAUCAAAAGCCAGUUGAUCUUUUUUGUCGAGGAGUUUUCCAGUGUCAUGAUUGAGCCCCUCGACGCCGAGCCUGCGCUCGGCAGCGUGGUGCAGGCGCUCAGGGCACUUGUUCAAUCGCCGAUCGAUGGUGUUUCCGUAACGUACGCCUUGAAGGAGCAGAUGAUGGUGUCCAUGACUUCGGUGGUGAUAGUCGCUGACGGUCUCCGCCGCGCCCCCCACCAUCUUGAGAGCUUGGUGGCGCUCCUCCUGACGGUAAUCAACAGGCCUAACCAUGGCCCUGACCGGCAAUCCCGGGCCGUCGCCUGCGAGUGUCUCCGGGAACUCGAGCGCGCAUACCCUUGUCUCCUCGUCGAGAUUCUGGGCCAUCUCUGGACCCUGUGCCAAAGCGAGAGGACGCAUGCCUCUCAGAACUACAUCCUCCUACUGACCACCAUCGUCAACAAUCUUGUUUCUGCGACAACGAGCAACGCUCGAGCGAAGCCUGGUGUUCCUGCUUCAUCCUCCCCUUCGAUACUUUCGACUUCGAUCCCUCUGGUCCCCUUCAAUAGGCCCAAUUUUCUGGUGAACUCGUCCUCUGCCCCGGAAUUCGAAAAUGGUGUGAGAUCGUUUGCAGGAAGGGAGCUCAGUUCCGUGAAUAUGAAGGAAUUGCGGCGAGUGGUUGCCUUCCUUCUUGAGCAGCCGCAGCUUCUUACGGCUUGCGGAUUGCUGGAGUUCAUGUCUAUGCUUAUGGGUGUCGCCGUGGUGUUAGGUUUGCAGGUUUCCCUCUUGAAGGUGCAGUUCUCUGGCUUGAUUUAUUCUUAUGAUCCUAUACUCUGCCACAUUAUUUUGAUGCUGUACUCGAAAUUUUCCGAUGCUUUCGACGGUGAAGAGGGCAAAAUUGCUGACCGAUUGGCGUUGAUCUCCAAGGAGGUUUCGGCGCAACUUGUGUUCCGGUUGCUGUCGGUGCAUUGGUUGUUAGGUUUGGAAGUUUUUUGCUUGAAGAAGGACAAGAAACAGACCAUCGUUACCAUGGCCUCCCAAUUCUACCCACAUGUGUUCGACCCGCUCGCACUAAAAGCACUCAAACUGGAUUUGCUGGUGCAUUGUAUCAUCCGUCUUGAUCAUUCACUUGCCGCGUUGCUUCCUUCGGCCAAUAAGCGGUCUGAAGACCCUGUUAUGGAGAAGAGAGGCUCCCAGAGCGAUUUGGAUUGUGGGGUUCGGACGACGAAGCUUUUUGAGGAUGGCCUGCAUUGCGUUUCAGCAUUCAAAUGGUUGCCGCCAAAUAGCACGGAAACCCUCGUGGCCUUCCGAAUGCUGCAUAAAUUUUCGAUAAGUGCUAUACCCCAUGAAGUACCUGAUUCUUCGGUUACAGUGAUUUUCACAGAAUCUGCCAGCUUCUGCAUGCUGCGGACUCUGCUUGUUAAAACAUUGCUGGAGUUUCGGAGAAUGGUUCCUGUUAUUGUUACCUUCGUUGACCGGCUGCUGGGUUGUGGCUCCCACAAAUGGUUAGGAGAACGCCUGCUACAGACGUUGGACACACAGUUACUUGGCAAGCUUGCGCCAGAUCAAUGGUUGACAUCGUACUUCCCAAUCUUUGACAGAAUUGCAGAGACUGUUGCAAUACCUCCACGUUCUUUGCUGGAGUUGCUUACAACGUUCACUGUUGCUCUAGUGAAAAAUUAUGCUCCAGAAAAAGGAGUGAUGCCUUGGUCACAAGGAAGUAAAGUGCUAAGCAUAUGCAGAACGUUGCUUAUGUAUCAUCAUAGUUCUAGAAUAUUCGGUGGGUUAUCACGCCUUCUUUCCUUCGUCUGUCAGUUCUUUCCGGACUUGGAGGUUCGUGAUAAUGCAAGGAUUUAUUUGAGGAUGCUUGUAUGCAUUCCUGGGAAGAAACUGAGGCACAUUCUGAACCUUGGGGAGCAGCUUCCGGGGGAUGCAUCAUCUACCCACCUUUCCUCAUUUCUCCAGUCGCAGUCUCCUACAGCUUUUCGUGAUGUGAAUAAAACACGUGAUAUUUCUUCAUAUAUUCUUCUUGAACGGGUUGUACCACUUAUCGUGAAGCAAUCAUGGUCAUUGACUAUCCCAAGUCAGGUGAUUGAAGAUGGCGGCCAUAGUUAUCUUUUAAACGACCCGUCAACCGUCACCUCAGAUCCUGAUACUGGAGUCCCUUCAGAUGGUUUGAACUUCAUAGAAUCUGAGAUAAGGCAUGCGCCUCAGGAACCAUUGCGUGUUAUGGAUUCAAAUGUCGCAGAACUUUUGGGAACACUCAGAAGGCAUUUCGCAAUUAUCCCAGACUUCCGCCACAUGCCAGGAGUCAAGAUCAGAAUACCGUGUAUGCUGACAUUCAAGUCUGCGUCCUCAAACCAUCUUUUGGGGCUUGAUUUGCAGGUUGCAGAUUCAGAUGGAAAUAGGAGACAGUUGGCACUGUAUGCAAUAACUGUUUCCUUCUCAUCUUAUGCACGUUAUGGUCGAAUUCCACCAUUCCGAAUUCCUUUGCUUCUUGCUAGACCAUCAACAGAUGCCAAUGAUUUCUCUAUGGGUGCCCAGGAAGAAAAUUCUGUUACUGUUUAUUCAAAAAAUGGGGUGACAACUGAGCAGAAGGGACACUUAAGUCUCACCCACGAUGAUAUGAAUAGAUAUGGAGCAUUUGGAGCCUUAGUGAUAAUUGAAUUGGAGCCUCGAGAGCCAGUACCUGGGGCUGUAGAUGUUACGAUCGAGGCGAAUAUUGAUAAUGGACAAUCCAUCUCAGGGAAGCUCCAUAGUGUCACGGUGGGUAUCGAAGACAUGUUUCUUAAAGCCCCUCCAGAGAUUUCAGACGAAUCACUUCCUGAUUAUUACUCAGAUCUUUUCCAUUCAUUAUGGGAAGCGUGCGGAGAUGCCAGUACCUUUGGCAGAGAAGUAUUCGCGCUUAAAGGCGGAAAAGGUGUGGCUGCUAUUAGCGGUACAAGAAGUGUCAAGCUGUUAGAAGCACCGUCUUAUGUAGUUAUAGGAGCGGUCGAACGUUCUUUGGCAUCCUUUGUUGUUACCGUCAUUGGUGAGCCUCUAGUCACUGUGGUUAGAGAUGGUGGCGUAAUUAAGGAUGUUCUUUGGAAGGAAGAGUCUCCAACGCAAACAAGUGAAGUUAACAGCUUGGUUCCAUAUGCCAGUGGUCCGCAGCAGUUGAAGUAUAUUUCUGAUGGUAGAGAAACUCAUUCAAAUCCCGGUAAGAGAAACAUGGGAUAUAUACAUGUUCUGAUAUUUCUUCCUCCUAGAUUUCAUCUCCUCCUCCAAAUGGAGGUAUCUGAAUUUUCAACACUUGUACGAGUCAGGACAGACCAUUGGCCAUGCCUUGCAUAUAUUGAUGAAUACUUAGAAGCUUUAAUUUUGUCUUGAAAGAUAACAGCUUCUAAGCCUUUCAAUUUAUUGAUGAUCGCAUCAAUAUAGGAGACCAUGAUUAUUUCUCUCCUUUGAAAGAAUAACGUGUAAAACCAUAAGCAUGUUUGCAAAGCGCAACUCAUAUAUACCGCAGCUGAUGAGUGUACGUUAAACAAAUGAAUGCAUUAUUUUUGGUAAUUUGUCUA